AACAUCAUGGCCAACUCGCUGCUGCUGAAAGCGCGUCAAGGAGGAUAUGGUAAAAAAAGUGGUCGUAGUAAAAAAUGGAGGGAGAUAUUGACGCUGCCUCCUGUCAGCCAGUGCAGUGAGCUCAGACAUUCCAUUGAAAGGGAAUAUAACAGUCUUUGUGACAAGCAACCGAUAGGAAGACUUCUCUUCAGGCAGUUCUGUGAUACCAAACCCACUCUAAAGAGGCACAUUGAAUUCUUGGAUGCAGUGGCAGACUAUGAAGUUGCCAAUGAUGAGGACCGAAGUGAUUAUGGACUGUCAAUCUUAGAUAUAUUCUUCAAUGAUAAGUUGGCAGCCCCUUUACCAGAAAUACCUCCAGAUGUUGUGACAGAAUGUAGAUUGGGACUGAAGGAGGAGAACCCUUCCAAAAAAGUCUUUGAGGAAUGUACUAGAGUUACCCAUAACUACUUAAGAGGGGAACCAUUUGAAGAAUACCAAGAAAGCUCAUAUUUUUCUCAGUUUUUACAAUGGAAAUGGCUGGAAAGGCAGCCCGUAACCAAGAACACAUUUAGACAUUACAGAGUUCUAGGAAAAGGCGGAUUUGGAGAGGUUUGUGCCUGUCAAGUGCGAGCCACAGGAAAAAUGUAUGCCUGUAAAAAGCUACAAAAAAAAAGAAUAAAGAAGAGGAAAGGUGAAGCUAUGGCUCUAAAUGAAAAAAGAAUUCUGGAGAAAGUGCAAAGUAGAUUCGUAGUUAGUUUAGCCUACGCUUACGAAACCAAAGAUGCCUUGUGCUUGGUGCUCACCAUUAUGAAUGGAGGGGAUUUGAAGUUUCACAUUUACAACCUGGGUAAUCCCGGCUUUGAUGAGCAGAGAGCUGUUUUCUAUGCUGCAGAGCUGUGUUGCGGCUUGGAAGAUUUACAGAGGGAAAGAAUUGUAUACAGAGACUUAAAGCCUGAGAAUAUUCUCCUUGAUGAUCGCG